GGUGUAAAAUGACAACUACUCUAAUUUCCCAAAUAAACAAAUGAAGAAAGGAUUACUACGGGCACACUUGUCGAACUCAUCCCAAAACCCUUUUGAUUUGGUUUCUUCGACUUCACUAUUUUAUCAUAUGUUCGUUUCAUUUCAUAUCUCGAUCUGCAUGGGUUUGACGUCGUGUCACCUCCUCCUCACUCUCUCCCUGUCACGUGUCCACCUUCUUCCUUCUCCCUCCACGCGUCCUUUCCUCUUCAUCCUAACCUCCUCCUUCCUCACUCUUAUAUCACCUCCUCGUUCUUUUAACAUCAAAAUCAAAUUCAACAAAAAAAAACAAAAGAAAGAAAAGAAAGGAAAAUUUCAUUCUAAGUUGAACAAAAUCUCUUGAGAAAUUAUAGUAUAACACACAAAAAUGGCAAGCAGGAAGGUAGAGAAGGCGGAGGGGGCGGCGAGGUACGCCGCCGAUGAGCUCAAGUCAGAGAGGGAAGCAAAGGAAACCCAGCCGAAUCAAGAUCAGCAAGUUCGGAAAGAUUACUACACUGAUGAAACCAACUACCAACAACAACAAAAUAGGCCGGGGAUAAUCUCCUCGGUGAUCGGCGCGAUCGGGAGCACGUAUGAGCACGCGAAGGAGGCUGUUGCUGGGAAGACUCAUGAUGCUGCUGAGAAGACUAAGGAGAGUGCUGCGUAUACUUCUGAGAAGAUGAAGGAGACUGAGAGGGAUGCUGCUGUUCGUGCUCGGGAGGAUGCCGCGUUGGCGAGGGAAGGGAGGGAUAAUGCUGCUGAGAGUUUGAGGCAGACGAAGGAUGCUACUGUUGGGAAGACUAAGGAUGCUGCGGGUUAUGUCGCGGAUAAGACUGUCCAGGCGAAGGAUGUUACUGUUGGGAAGACUAAGGAUGCUGCGGGUUAUGUCGCUGAUAGGGCUAAAGGGGCGAAGGAUGCUACUGUUGACACGGCUGUGCAGGCGAAGGAUGUGACUGUUGGGAAGACUAAGGAUGCUGCGGGUUAUGUGGCGGAUAAGGCUAGAGGGGCGAAGGAUGUGACUGUUGAUACGGCCGUGCAGGCGAAGGAUGCUACUGUAGGGAAGACUAAGGAUGCUGCGGGUUAUGUGGCGGAUAAGAGUAAGGAGGCGAAGGAUGUUGCUGCUGAGAAAGCUAGGAUAGCGGCGAAUAAGACAGGGGAGGUGAAAGACAGGACAAUGGAGACGGCCGGGGAGUACACGGAUUACACUGCUGAGAAGGCUGUGGAAGGGAAGGAUGCUACUGUUGGGAAGCUGACUGAGUUGAAGGAUUCUGCUGCUGAUGUUGCGAAAAGGGCGAUGGGUUUCUUGUCUUUGAAGAAAGAUGAGACUGCGGAGAAGGCGAGUGAGACUGCUGAUGCUACUGUGCAGAAGACGAAGGAGACGGCAGAGGCGGCCAAAGAGAAAGGGAGGGAGACUAUGGAAUCCGCUAAGCAGACCGCGAAUGCUGCUAAGAACAAGACGUGGCAGAAGAAAGAGGAAGCCAAGGAUGCUUACAAGGCUACAGAAGAGGAUGCAACAAGGAAAAGGGAAGAAAUGAGGGUAGAAAAGCUGAGGGAGAAGGGCUAUGAUAUGCAAGAUGAUAACCGCGAUGCGGCACUGAGGGGAGAGGAUGCCAAGAACAAUAUACUAGGGGCAAUAGGUGGUUUAACAGAUGCUAUGAAGAGCAAGCUUUCAGUGCCAAGUGAAGAGGAGAAACGAAGGACACAGGGCAGGGGCGGCGAUGAGAAGAUCGUAGCAGUGACUGUUGAGGAGUCGCGACCUGGAGCAGCUGCGGAUCUUCUGAAGGCGGCUGAUCAGAUAACCGGGCAGAGUUACACCCCUAAUGAUGUUGGGAAGAUGGGGGAGGAAGGGACCGGCUUCCCCGGGAAGCCAGGACGUCGCCGUUGAUUGAGCUAGCAAUGGGUGGACAUAAUAUAACAAGACUAUAAUAGGUGAAUAUGACCAUGCAUGGUUUUUGUUGGCCGGUCUAUCUGUUAGCUGUUUUCUGGUCAUAUUUGAUCUUUUGUUACACCUAGCUUUUGAAACUUAUAUUAUGUUGUAAGUUCAUUUUGGUUCUUAUAUAAAUUAUCAUCUUACUUGUAUGUUUUGGCUUUUUAUUAAGAAGGUAGGAAAUGGCUUUUAUAAAGUCCUUUGUAUUUUGGUUUCUUGAUAAUGAAUUGAAUCUUUUUCAUAA